AUGCCAUCUAUACUUUCUGAUGCCGAUAAAGAAACAGUUAGACGAACUGUUCCAAAGCCGUCGAGCAAGAUCCUUGCUGUUGCCGUCGCCAGACUUUACGUUGCGCUGCCGAAUACUCACAAGUGGAUAUACACCGGCCUACAAGGCGCCGCAGUUCUAGCAAAUGACCUGGUUGGGCAUACAUUCUGGAUAAAACUGGUAGACGUCUCGCCUGCAGGCAGAGGGAUUCUAUGGGAUCAGGAAAUCUACGAUGGGUUCGCAUACAACCAGGACAGGACAUUCUUCCAUACGUUUGAGCUCGAAGACUGCCUUGCCGGCCUCUCCUUUGCAGAUGAAAAGGAGGCAAAGACGUUUCUGAAAAAGGUGACGGAACGGGAAAAAAGCGCCAGUAAAGAAACCAAGGCUACACCUUUCUCAGCGGCUCGCGGGCAGACACCAACGCCGGUAUCGAAUGGUAAAAGCCAUGGCCGCUUUGGCAAAGUAGGAAGCCUACUACAUGGCCAUAGGUCCUCGUCAGCGCCAAAUCCCCCAGAAUCUAUCAUUCCACCGAGGCAGCCGCCCGCAAAUGCUGCUCCGCCAGCGCCCGCCUCCCCUGCAAACAAUGAGAAUGCAUCCUCUCCGCUUGACACCGUGGACCCCUCAUGGCGAGGCCUCCUUGAUGAGUUAAAGGCAAUGGGAAUUACGGAAGAACAGAUAGCAGAGAACUCAGACUUUAUCAAGGCUUAUAUCGAGCAAAAGCAGCAAGCCAACGAGCUUGACGGCUCUAGCACAGAAACGGCCUCCCAAGAUACCACAAAGAGGUCGAAGGCGCCUCCGCCCCCGCCGCCUUCGGUUCCUCCACCACAAAUAUCAAAAUCGCAACCUAUCAGCCCGCAGAAUACCGGUAAACGGGGAGCACCUCCGCCUCCUCCCCCAGCCAGACGGGGCCGGCCAGAUGCGCCUCCAUCCCCUCCACCUCCACGGGAGCCAUCCCCAGCUCCAUCCCCCAAACGAGAGCCAUCGCCUCCACGACCCAGAUUCCGAGCUCCCCCUCCGAUCGCAGAUGCCGGAAAAUAUGCCCAUCUUCCCGGGCCCGGUUUACCAUCACGGAACCGUGCAGCAUCAGGCUCGAAUUUAGUCAACCCGGGGCCACCACCACCCCCGCGGCCCCCGAAAACCCCAGAAGACAACCGUGCUUCCAUACAAUCCAACCGCAAAAUAUCAGCUCCGGUUCCUCCUCCUAGCCGGAUGCCUGCUCCUCUUCCGCCCAGGAACGACUCUAGCUCUAUAUCCCCACCACCAUUACCUCCAAAGACGCCGCAGAAUGCCCAUAUGCUACCACCGCCACCACCACCUCCUCCUCCUCCUCCUCCUCAACGAAGCCCAGCUCCCCCCUCUCCACCACCACCGCCUCCUCCGCCUCCUCCCCCUCCUCCAACGUCAGGAGGCCCACCACCGCCUCCGCCGCCUCCACCACCUCCUGGCGGCUCAGCGCCUUCUUUACCUAAUGCACCUGUAGGGAAGGAUGACCUAAUGGCCUCCAUCCGAGCUUCCAGUGGGCGUGGUCUACGAAAAGUAAGCGAAGCAGAGAAGCGUGACCGAAGUGCAGCCAUAGUACCUGGGGGUGCAACAGAUUCAUCUGCUGCAUCACCUGCCCCUGCUGGAGGCAUGAUGGGAGCCAUUCAAGACGCUCUAGCGAAGCGGAAAAAGAAGGUCAGCGCAAGUGAUGACGAAAAAUCAGACGACGAGUGGUGA